AUGGCAGACCGAAAGUCCGCUUACGGCACCGCUGCCGCCUCCGACACCGACUUCCGCCGCACCUGGGAUCGCACCGAAUACGAAGCGAAGGCGAAAAAGGAACAAGAAGAACGUCGGGAAGAAGCCAAAGCGCGCUAUGAGGCCAAACUCGAGGGCAAAAAAUGGCACAAGCCCGUGGAUUUCUCCUCCCUGGACUCUACGACCGCGCGUGGUUCGAGGUUGGACGUGGCGAGCAUGGUCGGAAAGAGCACGAUUGUACCUGCAGGCGCGGGAGUCGGGAGACGGGGGAAAGGUGCAGGAUUUUACUGCGAAGCCUGUGAUUUGACAUACAAGGACAACGUCCAGUACAUUGAACAUCUGAAUUCGAAGCAGCACCUGAUCAACACGGGGCAGUCGGGACAGGUGAAACGAGCGACGCUCCAAGAUGUUAGGGAGAGGUUGGAAAUGCUCAAGGCACGAAAGAGACAGCAGGAAGAAGAGGCGAAAAUGUUGGGCGAGCUUGACAUUCAGGCGAGGAUCAAAAAGGCCGAAGAAAUUGACGCGGCAGAGCGAGAGGAGAAGAGAAGAAAGAGGAAUGAAAAGAGGAGGGCGGCCAAGGAAGACAAGGGCGUCAAAAAGGAGGAUGAGUGGGAGGGACGGCUGGGAAUCAUCUCUUGA